AUGGCAAUUUGUAUCCCAUCAAAAUUUGAUCAUUAUUGUAUCAGUAUUGUUCCUGUUCACUAUACUAACACUACAACUACUACAACUACUACUACUACUACUACUACUACUACUACUACUACUACUACUACUACUACUACUACUACUACUACUACUACUACUACUACUACUACUACUACUACUACUACUACUACUACUACUACUACUACUACUACUACUACUACUACUACUACUACUACUACUACUACUACUACUACUACUACUACUACUACUACUACUACUACUACUACUACUACUACUACUACUACUACUACUACUACUACUACUACUACUACUACUACUACUACUACUACUACUACUACUACUACUACUACUACUACUACUACUACUACUACUACUACUACUACUACUACUACUACUACUACUACUACUACUACUACUACUACUACUACUACUACUACUACUACUACUACUACUACUACUACUACUACUACUACUACUACUACUACUACUACUACUACUACUACUACUACUACUACUACUACUACUACUACUACUACUACUACUACUACUACUACUACUACUACUACUACUACUACUACUACUACUACUACUACUACUACUACUACUACUACUACUACUACUACUACUACUACUACUACUACUACUACUACUACUACUACUACUACUACUACUACUACUACUACUACUACUACUACUACUACUACUACUACUACUACUACUACUACUACUACUACUACUACUACUACUACUACUACUACUACUACUACUACUACUACUACUACUACUACUACUACUACUACUACUACUACUACUACUACUACUACUACUACUACUACUACUACUACUACUACUACUACUACUACUACUACUACUACUACUACUACUACUACUACUACUACUACUACUACUACUACUACUACUACUACUACUACUACUACUACUACUACUACUACUACUACUACUACUACUACUACUACUACUACUACUACUACUACUACUACUACUACUACUACUACUACUACUACUACUACUACUACUACUACUACUACUACUACUACUACUACUACUACUACUACUACUACUACUACUACUACUACUACUACUACUACUACUACUACUACUACUACUACUACUACUACUACUACUACUACUACUACUACUACUACUACUACUACUACUACUACUACUACUACUACUACUACUACUACUACUACUACUACUACUACUACUACUACUACUACUACUACUACUACUACUACUACUACUACUACUACUACUACUACUACUACUACUACUACUACUACUACUACUACUACUACUACUACUACUACUACUACUACUACUACUACUACUACUACUACUACUACUACUACUACUACUACUACUACUACUACUACUACUACUACUACUACUACUACUACUACUACUACUACUACUACUACUACUACUACUACUACUACUACUACUACUACUACUACUACUACUACUACUACUACUACUACUACUACUACUACUACUACUACUACUACUACUACUACUACUACUACUACUACUACUACUACUACUACUACUACUACUACUACUACUACUACUACUACUACUACUACUACUACUACUACUACUACUACUACUACUACUACUACUACUACUACUACUACUACUACUACUACUACUACUACUACUACUACUACUACUACUACUACUACUACUACUACUACUACUACUACUACUACUACUACUACUACUACUACUACUACUACUACUACUACUACUACUACUACUACUACUACUACUACUACUACUACUACUACUACUACUACUACUACUACUACUACUACUACUACUACUACUACUACUACUACUACUACUACUACUACUACUACUACUACUACUACUACUACUACUACUACUACUACUACUACUACUACUACUACUACUACUACUACUACUACUACUACUACUACUACUACUACUACUACUACUACUACUACUACUACUACUACUACUACUACUACUACUACUACUACUACUACUACUACUACUACUACUACUACUACUACUACUACUACUACUACUACUAUACUACUACUACUACUACUACUACUACUACUACUACUACUACUACUACUACUACUACUACUACUACUACUACUACUACUACUACUACUACUACUACUACUACUACUACUACUACUACUACUACUACUACUACUACUACUACUACUACUACUACUACUACUACUACUACUACUACUACUACUACUACUACUACUACUACUACUACUACUACUACUACUGUAG